UUUGCUGCAAAUGUAAUUCACUCUCAAGUCUCAACCAAUAUUCGUUUAUUUUCAAUCUCUGAGCCAGUAGAGAGAGAAAGGUCGCGCAAUUGUGCGGGUUGCAGAGUAAAAGGGGAGGAGGAAUGAGAAGGAGAUGAAGAGAGAGAAAGUAGCAUCGCUGGUAAUGGAGGAGAAUCACGAGGAAGAAGCAGAAGAGGCAACUGGCACGAAGAAGAAGAGGAAGAUGAAGAAGAAGAGAGAGAAACUAGAAGAGCAUCCAGCUCAAGGGGAAACCCUAGCUCAAGAGGAGACGUCACGUGGAAGAACGAAGAGCAAGACAGAGAAGGGGAAAUUGAGGGCUCAGGAUGAAGCCCUGGAGAGAGGGUUGCACAGAGGAAGUGCAGGAGAGAAGUCCACAGAGAAGAAGAGGAGGGAAAAAGGCAAUUUAAUGGGUCAUCGGGAAACCCCAGAAAGAGAAUUGAGGAGUUGCGAUACAAAGGGAAAAUCCAAAGAGAAGAAGAAGAGAGAGAAAGGGGAACGAGAUGCAGUUACAGAGCAGAAGUUUGAAAAGAAGAAGACAGAGAAACACCGAAUGCUCGAUCAGCUGGAAAUCCUAGAUAGUGGAACACAGGGAGCAGCUGCGGAGGACGAAUCAAGAGAGAAGAGCAAGAGAGAGAAAGGGGGAUCUUCGGCUCAUGUUGAAACCCUAGCCCGUGAGAUUCACAAGGAAGAUGAAGAGAUGAACGAGAAGAAGAGAAAGAAGAAAGAGAAACGAGAAAGGGAAGCUGGGGAAGAAACCCUUGCUUUGGAGUUGCAGAGAACAGAUGCAGAGGACAACUCUGAAACUACGAAGAAGAGAGAGAAAGGUCACAUUUUAGAGAAAAAUAAUAAGAAAAAUAGGAGGGGUAAAGAAAAAUGUCCAAGCCAAAAGGAAACCCUUCCCUCUGAGAACAUUGAAAAGAAGAAGAAGAGAGAGAAAGAAAAAUCACCAACUGAAAUGGAGGGCUCUGAAAAAAAGAAGGGAGAGAAUGGAGAAUUUUCAGUUGAAUUGGAGACUUUAGACAAUGAAAUGACAAGACCGACAUCAGACAGGAAGAAGAAGAGGAAGAUAAAAGAGACAGAGAGAAAAGAGUACUCUGAAACCAUAUCCAAUGAAACACAUAGACUGAAUGCAGAGGAGGAGAUGGAUACAGGGCCAAUUGAAAGCUUGAGUGAGAAAGACCGAAGAUACAACAUGGAAGAGAAGAUUGAGAAGAAGAAGAAAAAAAGAAGAGAGAGAGAGAAGAAUAGAGAGAGAAGAAUAGAAAAAAAGAAGAGAGAGAGAGAAGAAUUGAAAAAAAAGAAGAGAGAGAGAGAAGAAUUACCAUCUGAAGGAACCAAGAAAGCCAAAAAAGUGAGAUUUUCUGAUGAAGUAGAUAUGAUAGAGAUACCAAACAGAAGUGGUCUGGUUCAAGGCAAACGUUUCUCUCCUGAGGAAGAUGAACUAAUAAAACAAGCUGUCUCUGAUUAUAUCGAGGAGCGUGGAUUAGGUGAGGUUGGUGAGGAUAUGGUUUAUAAUAGUGGACGCCAUAAAGAGACAUGGAACUGUUGGAAAGAAAUUGCUGCAAGUUUACCGUGGAGACCUGUAAAGAGUGUCUAUGUGCGGGCACAUGUUUUAAGAGAAAGGUCUGAACUGCGCAAAUGGAGUGCUGAAGAAAUUGAGACCCUCAAAAGGCUCCACCAAGAGCAUGGAAAUCAGUGGAAGAAAAUGGCGGUGGAGCUUAGCAAACAUAGGUGUCAUGUAAAAGACACCUGGCGGAGGAUAAGGUUGGAAAACAGGAAAAUGGGGCACUGGUCUCAAGAUGAGUAUCAAAAGUUAUUCGAUUUGGUCAAUGCGGAUUUGGAAAAAAAUGUCCACAGGGAAAAAAAUACGAAAUAUGGCAUGUUGCGAGAUAAUAUAUCUUGGGGAGCGAUUAGCGAUGAACUUUCUACUCGAAGUAUGUGCUUUUGUUGUGACAAAUGGUAUGAUCAGUUGGUGUCUCGCAUGGUAAAAGAUGGGAUUUGGGAUAAUGCAGAUGAUCAGAGAUUGCUCAAAGGACUUUUGGAGUCAAAUGCUUGUUGUGUGGAAGAAGUCGAUUGGGAUGAUCUUAUAGAGAACAGGGAUGGCCAAACUUGUCGUAGACGUUGGCAACAGAUGACGAAACACAUUGGGAAGAAUCGGAUUAAACCAUUCCUAGAGCAAGUACACCUUCUUGCGAGCCGAUAUUCUCCUAAGCUAUUGGAGGACCCAAUUGUUUGAGAAAUCUCCCUCUCUCUGUUUGAGAAUUCUCCCUCUCUUUCUCACAUGUUACAUGUGUAUGAAAUUCUAAUAUGUGGAUUCAUGUGCUCAAACACACACACACUCAUGUUAGAUGCAAUAACAAAUGCGAAUUUGUGUUAAUGUGCUCAAGCACGAGCAGAUGUGUGCGUUUUUCAAAUUCUCCCGAUAGUGGAAUGAGUAAUGUACAUUUUCGGAUGAGAGCAUAUUAUCAACUGUAAAUUUAUUUAUCUAUGUGCUCAAAUAUAAGUACCUGGACGCUUCUCUCUC